GGUGCGGCCACCACGUACGUCCACUCCCUCUCCUCGCGUACGUACGUACGUACCUCUCGACCGUGCCGGUGUACUCACGCCGCCGGCCACCCGGGCGUCCCCAGCGCGCUUGCCACUGCCCAGCCGCUUUUGCCGAAAGCGCCUGACUGCUUGAGUCGCGCGUGCACCACCUAGCUGCCUGCCAGCCUCUUAAAGCGUUCGGCGUCGCCACUAGAAGGAGCCCAUCAAACACUCGCGCCGCGCGCCCGCACGCACGCCACGCAGGGGAGCUGAAGUGAGCUAGAGCUAGCGAGCUUAGCCGUCCAUCAUGGCGAGAGCCUUCCGCGCAGCCUCCCCGCUGCCCCUCCCCAGCUCGAGGAGCGCCACCGCCGUUACGAACGGUGGCGGCGGGGGUGGAAACUUCACCUGGCUGACCAAGAAGCGCUCGAGCAAGGCGCCGCCGCAGCGCGGCGGGCAGGAGAGCAAGGUUGAGGAGCCCGAGGGGGCGACCGCCCCCGCCGGGCCCACCGAGCAGUCGUCGUCGAGGAAGCGCGCGGACGCGCUGGCGCGGCUGCGGUCGGCGUUCCUGGCGGCGAUCACGCACCGGCGUCGGCGGCGGCAGCUGGGGUCGUGCGUGACGGGCACCAUCUUUGGGCGGCGGCGCGGGCGCGUGCACGUGGCGCUGCAGACGGACCCUCGCUCCGCGCCCGUGCUGCUGGUGGAGAUGGCCGCCUACUCCACCGGGUCGCUCGUCAGGGAGAUGUCCUCGGGCCUCGUGCGCCUCGCGCUCGAGUGCGAGAAACCGCCGCUCGCCGCCGGGGAGAGGCGGAGGGCGCUGCUGGAUGAGCCGACGUGGCGCACGUUCUGCAACGGUCGCAAGUGCGGGUUCGCGGUGCGGCGGGACUGCGGCGCCGACGAGUGGAAGGUGCUCAGUGCGGUCGAGCCGGUGUCCGUCGGCGCCGGCGUUCUCCCCGACGACGUCGGCAGCGCCGGCGCCGGGGAGGGCGACCUGAUGUACAUGCGGGCCCGGUUCGAGCGGGUGGUGGGUUCCAGGGACUCGGAGGCGUUCUACAUGAUGAACCCGGACGGCAGCGGCGGCCCGGAGCUCAGCAUCUACCUGCUACGAGUCUGACCGGCGGACGGCAGCCGCGGAAAAUGCUUCAGUUUGCAUUCGACUUUGUACGUAAGCAUGCAUGCAUAGUUUGGGCUUGUGUAGCCGUGUUUCACACUUCCAUGUAAUUUGGAGGGUUUGGCCUUGGUGUAUGUACAAUAUUACCGAUCGGUUACAUGCUUAAUUACUUUGGGUAAUUAGCUCCGGUGUGAGGUGGCGUGGUUCUAGCUAGGUUGGAGCUCUCUCUCUUUGGUUCUGUGAUCAAAUGGCUUGGGAACCUGAAGACUAAUAUCGGGGACUGUGCUGCAUGAUAAAAUUCGAUCGAGAACGUGUUGGUGCAGUGUAGGUUCCUGAUGCGUUAAUUGAUCCACAGAAAUUAUAUGAGCAAAUACUAUACGCCAUAAGUGUGAUGCGUACGAUUGUUUAAUAUUGUUGU